AUGAUUCGAAGAUCGCGACAUGGGUGCGCCCAAGCUGGGAUGGCCUGCGAAGGGUACCAGACGAGAUUGACAUGGGGCGCUUCGAAUCCUGACCCUGCGCCACCAAUGGCUGGGGUUGUGUUGAAUCCUGCCCGUAAACCACGCCUUCAGAAGAAGGCCAGACAGCGAGAAGGAGCAGAGACCAUUGCCGAGGCAUCGCCUGACUCUGGCUUUGAGAUAGCCGAUCCCGGCAGUGUUUCAUCCCCUGAUCAGUUGGAUCUCCUGUUCCUCCAGUACCAACUCGAUGACCCUUGCAGCAACGGGGCCCUGCCAGAUGAUGAAGUGUCUCAAAGACUGAUGGAUGACUUCACUUCGAAAGGCUGGCAAACCCUCAGCGGGCGAGGCGGGCAGCACAGCUUCGUUCACUCUGACAUCAUACCUCUUUGCGAUAGCAACAUUUCUCUUCGCCAUGUGUGUCUGGCUUAUCAAGCGAGCCUAGAUCCAGAGAUGAUACACGCGACCCCGAUUUAUAUGCAGUCGGCUCUUUCCAAUUAUUUCAACGACCUCAAUACACCCGAGAAGCUGGAUCUGGAUGAAACAUUGGCUACAGGAGUCCUGCUUUGCAGUGUUAGCAUAAACUCUCUGUACAUCUGGACACCUCUGCUGGAAGGGCUGCACAGUGUUCUUCAACACAGAGACCUCUUGCACAAAGCUCAACGACCUCCCCUCACCAACCAUCUCAUCGAGGUGAUUGGACUCCUUGACAUUCCAUGUUUCACAUUAAACAGAAUCACUGUGUCCCUCAACUUGUGGAAGUUACAUGUCGGUCCCAGCAAGCAAUCCGGCGUUGAACAGACUUCUGGCCUGCCAUACACACUUAUGACCCUAUUUGCUGAUCUAGGGUCCCCUGAGGCAGAAGACAGACUGUUGGCGUGGCCAGGACCCAAGUUCAUCACCAACAAGCAAGCCCAGAACUGA